CAUCUCUUAUAAUGGCACUCACAUUGCAAUUGCAAGAACAAUAAUUAACUAAUAACAUGGUUUUCAAAAUUUCACAUAUUUUCCUAAUCUUCUUUCUAUUUCCCUUCCAAUGUUCAUCUCAUUUAUCAUCUUUGAAAAAAGGCUCUUCUCUCUCAGUAGAGAAACAUGCAGAAGAUGUAAUUGUUUCUUCAAAGGGAACUUUCUCUGCUGGAUUCUAUCAGGUUGGCAAUAACAGCUUUUCAUUCGCCAUAUGGUUCACAGAGAUGCAGAAUCAAACUCCCAACCCCGCCAAUAUUGUUUGGAUGGCAAACCGUGAACAACCUGUGAAUGGUAAGCUCUCAAAGCUUUUCCUCUUAAACAAUGGUAACAUCCUCUUGCUUGAUGCGGGUCAACACUACACUUGGUCUUCAAACACGGCAUCAGAUGCUCCGUUAGAGUUGUAUCUCAAAGAAGAUGGUAAUCUUGUGUUACGUGAGCUUCAAGGAAGUACCAUUUUGUGGCAAAGCUAUGAUUUCCCAACCAAUACUCUCCUUCCUAAUCAACCACUCACUAGAUACACAAAACUUGUUUCUUCAAGAAGCCAGAGUAAUCAUUCUUCUGGCUUCUAUAAGUGUUUCUUUGAUGAUAACAAUAUCAUUCGUCUCGAUUAUGAUGGUCCUGAUGUUUCAAGCACAUAUUGGCCACCACCUUGGUUGUUAAGUUGGGAAGCUGGAAGGUUCAAUUACAAUAGUAGUAGAAUUGCUUUCUUAGAUUCUCUUGGAAAGUUCAUUUCAUCUGAUAAUUACACUUUUUCCACAUAUGAUUAUGGCAUGGUUAUGCAAAGAAGGUUGAGCAUGGAUUCUGACGGUAAUAUUCGUGUUUACAGUCGAAAAAACUUGUCAAAAAAUUGGUAUGUUUCAUGGCAAGUCGUACAUGAUCCUUGCACCAUACAUGGAAUUUGUGGCGCAAACAGCUCUUGCAUCUAUGAUCCUAAUAUGGGUAAAAAAUGCUCUUGUUUGCCAGGAUAUAAAGUGAAGAACCAUAGUGAUUGGUCUUAUGGUUGUGAACCUCUGUUUGAUUUUACUUGCAAUAGAAGUGAAUCUACUUUUUUAAAAUUGCAAGGUUUUGAGCUCUUUGGUUAUGACAAUAAUUUUGUUCAAAACAGUACCUACAAAAUUUGUGAGACUUCAUGUUUACAAGAUUGUAACUGUAAGGGAUUUCAAUACACAUAUGCAGAGGACAAAGGCAUCUUCCAAUGCUUUACAAAGAUACAAUUGCUGAAUGGGAGGUAUUCACCAAGUUUUCAAGGAAUAACUUACUUGAGACUCCCAAAAGGUAAUAACUUCUACAAACAAGAAUCUAUGAGUGUAAAAGAUCAUGUUUCUUUGGUCCAUCUUCACAAAGACUAUGCUAGAAAACAAACAAGUCAUUUGUUCAGAUUGUUCUUGUGGCUUACAAUUGUAGUUGGUGGUUUAGAAUUAGUUUGUUUCUUAAUGGUUUGUGGUUUUUUAAUUAAGACCAGGAAAAAUUCUAGUGCAAAUCAACAUAGCUAUCAUCUUACAUUAUUAGGAUUCAGAAGAUACACUUACUCCGAGUUGAAGGUAGCGACAAAAAAUUUCAGUAACGAGAUUGGAAGAGGUGGAGGAGGAGUUGUAUAUAGAGGUACAUUGCCGGAUCAAAGAGAUGCAGCAAUAAAGAGAUUGAAUGAAGCUAAACAAGGAGAAGGAGAGUUUCUUGCUGAAGUAAGCAUCAUUGAAAAGCUUAACCACAUGAAUUUGAUUGAAAUGUGGGGAUAUUGUGUUGAAGGUAAGCAUAGAAUUUUGGUAUAUGAGUACAUGGAAAAUGGUUCUUUAGCGGAAAAUCUUUCAUCCAAAACCAACACACUUGAUUGGACUAAAAGGUAUGAUAUUGCUUUAGGAACAGCUAGAGUUUUAGCAUAUCUACAUGAAGAAUGUUUGGAAUGGAUUUUGCAUUGUGAUAUAAAGCCUCAAAAUAUACUUCUUGAUUCUAACUUUCAGCCCAAGUUAGCCGAUUUUGGAUUGUCUAAGCUACAAAAUCGAAACAAUCUCGAUAAUAGUUCAGGAUUCUCAAUGAUUAGAGGAACACGAGGAUAUAUGGCACCUGAGUGGAUUUUCAAUUUACCAAUAACAUCUAAAGUGGAUGUUUAUAGUUACGGGGUUGUCGUGUUAGAGAUGAUAACCGGAAAGAGUCCAACAAUGAUGAAUAUAGAAGGAGUUGAUGGAGAAGGGACAUAUAAUGGAAGGUUGAUAACUUGGGUAAGAGAGAAAAAGAGGAGUACAUGUUGGGUUGAACAAAUCUUGGAUCCUGCAAUAGGGAAUAAUUAUGAUUUAAGUAAGAUGGAAAUUUUGGUUAGAGUUGCUUUGGAUUGUGUUGAAGAAGAUAGGGAUAUUAGGCCUACUAUGAGUCAGGUUGUUGAGAUGCUUCAAAGCUGUGAAUGAUGUUGAGAUUUAUUCAUUAGUCUCUUGGUCUUGACAAAUAUAUUUAAAACUUAGAUAAUUGAUGAACCCAUUGGUUUAUCUUUGUAAAUUUAGAUGAAAGUAAAUUUAAAAUUUAUAUUUUUAACAUGUUAAGUUUUAUUC